ACUGUCAUUUCUCUAUUUCCACACCGAACUAAAACCAUUUCCCCUCUCUCCCUCCUUUUCCAUUUCUCUCUCAAAGCCAGUGCCAGAUAACCAUCAACAGCUUAACCAAAAUCAGAGGCAGCUAUGGCUUAAAUCCUAUCGCAUUCCCAAUUUUAAGUCAGGGAUUUGUAUGUGGGAAUAGGAUUGAAUUGUUUUCAAAUUGGCUGUGCUUAAAAGAUGGCGUGGUUUAGCGGGAAGGUCUCCUUGGGGAACUUCCCGGAUCUUGCUGGUGCGGUGAAUAAGCUCAGCGAGAGCGUCAAGAAUAUUGAGAAGAAUUUCGACACUGCUCUUGGCUUGGAGGAGAACCCCGAAUCUAGCAGCGAAGCUUCGGGACUAUGGCCGGUUAUGUCCUUUAUGGGGCAGAAAAGUGAGGAUAGUGAUACUGAAUCUUCGGGGAAAAAUGACUCUCCUCAGAAAUUGUCUACAGUUGAGGAAGAUGAGACACGGAGGUCUGUUGGCAAACAAUCUACAGUUGAAGAAGAAAACCAAGGGCUCAAAAAUGAGAAAGAGGAUGAGCAUCCAGUGAUUGUGGAAAAAAAAGAUAAUGUGAUCUUAGAGCCUGUCAAACAUGAAUCUGGACCUGUUGAACCUCCUGAAUCUGUUGAUCAUGAUGUUAAGACAACGGUUUCAGUUGAUAAUAAGCAGGAGGAACAGAUAUCAGAAGUGGGUCCUGCUGAUGAAUCAGAGUUGGUGGAGAUUAAGUCAGGAGUUGUUGGAGUCAAUCAGAUUGAGGAUGAUACUGUCAUGCAUGCUGAGUUGCAUAGCGUGGUUGAUAGGCAUGAGAGGAAAGAUGAACAGAAGAUGCAAGCAGAGGACACAGUAGAAGAAGGUCCUGUUAUUCAGGCUGAAAUCUCAAAUGAUGCCCAAGCCGAGGCAUCAAUUGAUCCCCAAGCUGGAGUUGAUCCAUCUGGUUCACCAGUCAGCACUGAAGAGGUACAAAAGGAUCGACGAGUUUCUUUCCCUACUGCACUUCAUGUAGAUGAGGCUUCAGAGAUGGCUGCUUCUAGUGACAAUGAUGCAAAUGUUAAAAUAGUUUCAGAGGACAAGCAAGCUAAUAGUGGUGAGAUGGAGAUCAAAGAGCAAAGGUUGAGCUCGGCAUCAAAUGUUUCUGACUCCAUAGAUUCAAUGAUCGAAUUAGAAAAGGUGAAGAUGGAGAUGAAAAUGAUGGAAGCUGCAUUACAAGGUGCUGCAAGGCAAGCUCAGGCAAAGGCUGAUGAGAUUGCAAAGUUGAUGAAUGAAAAUGAGAACCUGAAAGCUGUGAUUGAUGAUUUGAAGAGAAAAUCCACUGAUGCAGAAAUUGAGUCUUUAAGAGAGGAGUACCAUCAAAGGGUUGCAACUCUUGAAAGAAAGGUUUAUGCACUUACAAAGGAAAGGGAUACACUCCGGAGAGAACAGAAUAAAAAAAGUGAUGCGGCUGCUCUUCUAAAGGAAAAAGAUGAAAUUAUCAGUCAGGUUAUGGCUGAAGGAGAGGAACUUUCAAAAAAGCAGGCUGCUCAAGAAUCUACAAUUAGGAAAUUAAGAGCUCAGAUUCGGGAACUUGAAGAAGAGAAGAAAGGCUUGAUGACUAAACUUCAGGUGGAAGAAAAUAAGGUAGAGAGUAUCAAGAAGGACAAGACAGCAACAGAAAAGUUGCUGCAAGAGACAAUAGAAAAACACCAAGCAGAACUUGCAGGACAGAAAGAGUAUUAUACAAAUGCUUUGACUGCAGCCAAGGAGGCUGAAUCAUUAGCAGAGGCACGAGCAAAUAAUGAAGCCAGAACUGAAUUGGAGAGUCGUCUGAGAGAGGCUCAGGAGCGUGAAAGUAUGCUAGUUCAGGCACUUGAGGAAUUAAGACAAACUUUGAGUAGAAAGGAGCAGCAGGCUGUUUUUAGAGAAGACAUGCUCCGAAGGGACAUUGAAGACCUUGAAAAACGUUAUCAAGCAAGUGAGCGCCGGUGUGAGGAGUUGGUUACUCAAGUUCCUGAAUCUACAAGGCCUCUUCUAAGGCAAAUAGAAGCAAUGCAGGAAACAAUGGCUAGAAGGGCUGAAGCUUGGUCUGCUGUAGAGAGAUCUCUAAAUUCUCGACUCCAGGAAGCAGAGGCCAAAUCUGCCUCUGCAGAGGAGAGAGAGCGAUCUGUGAAUGAACGCUUGUCACAAACCUUAUCACGAAUUAAUGUUCUUGAAGCUCAGAUUUCAUGUCUUAGGGCAGAGCAAACGCAGUUAAGUAGGUCCCUCGAAAAGGAAAGACAGAGAGCUGCUGAAAAUAGGCAAGAAUACCUUGCAGCCAAGGAGGAAGCCGACACUCAGGAAGGUCGUGCAAAUCAACUUGAAGAGGAAAUUAAACAGCUGAGGCAGAAGCACAAGCAAGAGUUACAAGAUGCACUAAUGCACAGGGAGCUUCUACAGCAGGAAAUUGAAAAAGAAAAAGCUGCUCGGUUGGAUCUGGAAAGAACAGCUCGCAUCCAUUCUACUUCUGUAUCUGAUCAAUCCCCUAUAGCAAAGAGCAAUUCUGGCUUUGAGAAUGGAGCCUUGAAUCGAAAGCUUUCAAGCGCUGGCAGUCUAGGCAGCAUGGAGGAGAGCUAUUUUCUGCAGGCUUCUUUGGACACAUCUGACAGUUUCUCAGAAAGGAGAAAUCCUGGAGAGUUGAGCCCAUACUACAUGAAGAGUAUGACACCUAGUGCUUUCGAAGCUGCCCUUCGACAGAAAGAGGGUGAACUUGCAUCAUACAUGUCUCGCUUGGCAUCCAUGGAGUCGAUCCGUGACUCUCUUGCAGAAGAGUUGGUCAAAAUGACAGCACAGUGUGAAAAGUUGCGGGCAGAUUCUGCCUUGUUACCUGGAAUUCGAGCAGAGCUAGAAGCACUUAGGCGCAGGCAUUCUGCUGCACUGGAAUUGAUGGGUGAACGUGAUGAGGAGUUGGAGGAACUGCGUGCUGAUAUUGUAGACUUAAAAGAAAUGUAUAGGGAGCAAGUAAACUUGCUUGUGAAUAAGAUACAAAUAAUGAGUUCAUCAAUGGGCAAUACCUAAGAAGUCAACUUAACAGAUCUACCAACGAGUUGGGAAGAUCACGGGUAUAGUUUAUAGUGCAUUUAGCUUCAGGAGUUUUUCCUCUAUACUCAAUCGUUUGGAUUUAGCGUUUUGUUUCAAAUGUUUUGACACGAGUCAUUUAAAGAGCAUAUUCUUGUCAAAACUUGAAAUGUAUUGUAAUUUAGAUGAAUCUGUUGUAUAGAAGAAACCUGAAAAAAGAUGGAUCUGUUUUUUCGGCUUGAAGAUGUUCUCAAUUAUUUGAUUCAUUGAUCAUAAUUAAAGACAUUUUUUGAUUUCCA